GCGCUUGGAUGCAUUUAAGCGGAGGGUCCCUCGCACGUCGGCCUCCGCGCUGAGCGCCAUCCUGGAGGAGUGCGUCUAUGACGCGCCAGAGGUCAGGAACCGCAGCGCCCUUAGGGAGGCGCGGGACCUCAUCAUGCGCGGCAGCGGCGAGUACGGAGCGUUGCUCGCGAAGCUGCCCAUGGAGUGCGGCGACGGCUCGUCGGGGGGCGAGAUGAUGGUGGUGAACCCGUUCGCCUUCCUCAACGAGGCGUGCGCUGCGGGCGGCGGCUUCGAAGGCAACCAGCUGUCAGGCCACAACCAGCGUAAGUGCUGGGUUGUGUACAUGUCCUUCAUGCAGUUCGGGUCGCUUCUGACGGACGAAGACGCGUGGGUAUGCCUUGCGUUUGAGCGGUCUGAUAGAGUGAAGAACUACGGCGGUGGCGUCGCGCAGGUCUUCGGAGCUUUGCUCAAGAUGCUGUUCAACGCCAGUGGCCACAGUUUCGACGCGGAUGGCUCGAGCACGCGGCUCUUCGCGAAGCUCACCAUGAUAUUGCAGGAUGGCGGUGCUCACAAGCAGGUCUUCUGCGCGAAGGGCGAUGCUGGACUGAAGGCAUGCGUUCUCUGCAAGAACUUGCAUUCGCAGACCAGCGGGAUCGCUGGCGAGGACGGGGAGGACAUGUUGUCGUGCACCAUCACCGUCGGCUCCGCCAUGGACUUCGCGACGGACGAGGAGCUGCGAGGCAGCGUCGAGAGGUUGGCGGUCGUCGCUGCGACAAGGCCGCGGGAGCUCAAGCUUCGAGAGAUGGCUGCAUGCAUGAGCCACUGCAGGUUCAACCUGCUUCUGGGGAGGGACUUGCGCAACGUCGUGAAGCCCGUGAGCUGUUUCGCUCACGAUUGGAUGCGCACGUUCGUCGUGCACGGCGCGUGGAACACGACGCUGUGCCUUCUGGUGAAGAGCUUGCUGGAUCAGAAGGUGCGCGCCCCUGCUGCGAUCCACGACCUGCUACGGCAGUGGUGGAAAGCGCGCCUCAAGGCCAAGUGCGUGAAGUGCACUGCGUCUGAAGCUAUCUCUACGCACAGCAUGAUCGCGCACUUCGCGCGGAACGUGUGGCUGAGGGCAGGAAUUUGCACCAAGGAGUGCGAGGCGUACCUUGCGUGCUCGUCCAUCAUGGACCUCUUGAUUGCCGUGCCGCGCGGCAGGGUGACAUCGCGGGAGCUCAGGGUCCAGGUGGACAAGUUCUUGCAGGCGUGCUUGGACGCAGGGUGGGGCGCGCAUCUGCGCCCGAAGUUCCACUGGACCUUGCACCUGGUCAUCGAGGACAAGAGGUCUGGCACUCUGUCAGCGUGCCGGACGCACGAGAGGAAGCACAAGAUGGUCAAAAGGUUCUCGGGUGAUUACGACAUCAGCCGCACAGGCAAGCGCAACGCAGCUUCCAUGGAGAAGAGCGCACUGUCCGAGGUGACGUGCAAGCACUUGCACGACCUGCGCGUGCACGACAAAUUCGAUGUCAGCGUCAAGCUGCAGGACCCGAAGUCAGCCAAGGACAAGGUGGCAGAAUUCAUACUCUCCGAGCUGGGUCUCCCACGGGCUCGGAAGAACACGUGCAUGACUGCGAAGUCUGCCAGGGUGUCCGAGUUCGAGGUCGCCCACGCCAAUGAUGUAGUAAUAAUGACGCCCGAGCGAGGGGCCCCUGUGCUAGGGCAGGUUUGGUUUACGGCCUCAGUGGUCGACGAGCUGCGGUGCGCUCUGGUUGCGAUUUCCCCCGUAACCGAUGCAGGCAAUGGCUUCGCAUCGGGGCGCCCUUCAGGAUCAGCGUGCCCAUGCCCGUUGCCAGGCAUCCUGGGGGCGGUGCCGUAUAGGAAGCGCACGGGCGGGCACGUGGAUGCCCUCGUGCCCGUGGCGCACCGCUGGGCUAUCUGA